GUUUGAAUGUAAUUUGAGGUUACAAUCUUAUUCUUCCAUUGACAACCAAUAAAAUUUAUUAAAGUAUUAUUAUUUUUGUUUUUUAACAGUCAAAAUUUGCAAUUUAUAGGUAGUUUUCACUAAUGGAAGAACACCAGUCUAGUUUCAUGCCUUGCUUGCGACACACGUGCAAGUCUAUCCUACCAGGUUUUGACUACAAAACUUCCACCGGAGUUGGGCUCCGAUACUCAGCCCCUGUGCCACGGCAUGUAGAGGACAAGCCAGCAAAAAUCCCUGUGGAACUAAGAGGUAAAGACUUGCUUGUUGAGAAAAACACUUACAAACCUCUCACCGGAGAUUUAAACUGGAAACUGCCUGAACCCUCCGUGAGAGCGGAAAAGGUCAAUUGUGCAACCACACUCUACAUCAAACCUUAUGCUGAAAAGGUGAAGGCUCGGCCUCCCAACCCAGCUAGAGCGCCAGUCUCGGAGUGUAGAGACCAAUACCAGCGUCCUUGGCUACCUCAGCACCCUCUGGUGGAACUCAGGGACGACUACUUGUGCUCGGUUAAGCGAGACACUAGUCAGUCCCCACUGGUGACAGGGUUUGAGUAUCAAGGAUUCACAAGACUUUUAGAUCCUUACAUCUCCACCACCCACCUCUCUCACCAUUAUAUACACAGAAAUGACGCAGAUUUUUAUAGAAGCAAACCGAUAGAUGUAACUUCUAUUUUAACUCCACGUGACAAGCCAGUCUAUGACAAAGCAGUGUUCAAAAAAGCUUGUUUCAACAACAGUGUUCAUCGACCACAUCGCUUUGUUCCUCAUUCAGGAUUAAAAUCUGAGACUACAGCGAGUUUUGGCCAUCCACUGACAAAGAGUGAUUUGGUAUAUUUUGAUCCUGAAGUUGAAUUUGUAGCCGCCCCUUACCCUGCGUCUCGGGGACAGAUUAUGGCAACACCAGCGAUGUAUCUAACCGAGUACACACACAUAAGUGAAGGCUGGCCUGUCAAUGCUUGUGUGGACUACGGAACUAACGAGGUACAUACUGUACAGUGUGAACCUUAGAUUGUUUAAGUUAUA